UAAUUUUAAAUAAAUUAAACAAAAUAUAUUCUAUUAAAUAUUUAAACAGAUUUAAUAAUAGUAACUAUACAUAGUUUCUACAUUACAUUUUAAUUGACAUAUUAUGGCUGGAUUAUUAUUAAGUCCAACUGAAAAAAAUUUCAUUCUUCAAGGUGUGCAAGAUGACUUUCGUUCUGAUGGAAGAUCAAACAUUGAUUAUAGACCUAUGGAACUUGAAACUGAUGUGGUCAGCCAUGCUAGUGGUUCAGCAAGAUUGCGGCUAGCUAACACAGAUAUACUUGUUGGAGUCAAAACAGAGAUAGACACACCAAAUCCUGAUAAACCAGGUUUAGGGAAACUUGAAUUUUUUGUAGAUUGUUCAGCAAAUGCAACUCCUGAAUUUGAGGGCAGAGGAGGGGAACAAUUAGCUAACAGCAUAUCCAACAUGAUGCAGAGAGCAUAUCACUCUUCCCAAGCUUUUGAUUUAAAACAACUUUGUAUAUUUGAAGGGAAACAAUGCUGGAAGUUGUAUAUUGAUAUUUUAAUAUUAGAAUGUGGAGGUAACCUCUGUGAUGCUGUGUCAUUGGCUGUCAAAGCAGCAUUAUUCAACACAAGGAUACCAUUUGUGAAGGCGGCACUCAUGGAUGGUGGUAAUAUAGACUUGCAACUGUCAGAUGACCCAUAUGAUAGUAAACUACUAAAUGUUGGAUCAGCUCCUCUAUUAGUAACAUUAUGUAAAAUUGGUGACAAAUGCGUUGUUGAUCCAUCAGCAGAAGAAGAGAGCUGUAGUGUAAUAUCGUUAGUAGUUGGAACCACAGGUAAUUCUAAGUUCUACUGUAGUCAAGAGGAAGCUAAAAAACUCCCAAAUGUUGAAUCUAAAUGCAGCACAAUUGGUAUGAACGGAGCUGGCAGUGUCGCGCCGAAAACAUUGAAGGAUGCUAUACAGCAAGGCUUAGAAGCGGCAAAAUCCUUAGACAAAGCCUUGGGACAAGCACUUUUACGGGAGAGACAAGAAAAUAUUAGUUUCAAAAAACAUUCAUAUGGCUUUCUGAAAUAAAACUAAUGAAAACCCUUUUAA